AUGCCAUCAUCGCCAGCCCAACCACCAGCGUCAUCACCAGCUUUGGAAUACAAAAUCUUUGCGGGAAUCACCUACCACCUGGCCUCGUCCCUGCCGCCCACACGUGCGGAGGAGCUGGCAUUCGUGCUAGAUGCGCACGGGGGGCAGGCCGCUGACAAGGACCUGGGGGUGAAUGACCCGAAGCUGACGACGGUCGUGAGCAACUCGGUGCGGUUUGAGGGGUGGGAGGUGAUUGCGGCGCGUAUGGAGGGGCAGGGUGGGGGCGAUGGUGGGAACGGGGAUGGUAAGGUGGUGGAAGUUGUAACGGACAAAUGGGUUGAGAGGAGUAUUGUUCUUGGGAAGCUGCAAUCAGGCAGCCAUUUUUCGGCCGACCCCUCUCUCAUCUUUUCUGGGGUCGUUGCCUGCGCCUCCGACCUACCCGCAGCAGACCUCGAGGUCCUCUCAGCCGGCAUAACUGCCUUGGGGGGCCAAUGGCGUACAGGUCUCACCAAGGACGUUACGCACCUCUUCGCACUCAAUCCUGGGUCCGCGAAGUACGCCACGGCGAUGCACUACCACGAGGAGACUGGCAUCAAGGUUGUCUUGCCACAUUGGUUUGACGACGCCGUCCGUCUGGGCAUGGGUGGGCUUGACACGCGGCCGUAUGAGUGGCCGGAGCCCGCGCUCCUGCGUGGGCCGGCGGCUCCAGGGGGAGAUGCGAAAGAGAAGGCUAAAGGCAAGGAGAAGGACAUCCCGGACGUAGAGAAGGAUGACGUGAAGAGGAACAUGUACGCCACGGCUGCGCUCUUCACGCCGUCUAUGAAUCGCUCCUCGCCACCGACGGAAGCCGACAUUUCUCUUGUCAACAAUGGUGUACCCGGAAAUCCUGAUGGCAGCGUCAACAGUACUCCAGGGCCUUCCAGCAUCAAGGCUGGCAUACAGGUCUGGGCAGGCCGCAAGAUUUUACUCAGCCGUACUCUUCAACUAUAUGGCAACAGGCGUGAGGCCGUCCAAAAGGGCGUCGAACGUGCCGGCGGCAUCGUGCUACGGUUCGAAGGCGAUGAAGAGGAGGACGAGAAUAGCUCAGGCGACUGGAAUGUCAAACUCAGUCGACAGGAGAAGAUUAGGAGGCGGCAUGAGGCAGACCGAGUUGACGAAUGUGACAUUUUCGUCACGAGAUGGAGGUGGGGGAAGGCGUAUGUCCAGGCUGUGAAAGGCGGCAAGACGAUCGGCACGCUCGCGUGGCUCUUCCACGUCCAGUCGACAGGCAUCCUCGCACGUCCGCUGGAUCAGCUAUUGCAUUAUCCGGUUCCGAAGAGGCCCAUUGAAGGGUUCAGCCAUCACACGAUUACGGUCACGAAUUACACCGGCGAGGCGCGCGAAUACCUCAAGAAACUUAUUACAGCUAUGGGCGCAGAAUUUACGCCGAGCAUGUCAGGACAGAAUACGGCUCUCAUCGCGGCCUACAUCAAAGGCACAAAAGCGAAUAAAGCCCUCUCCUGGUCCAUCCCCGUCGUUAACCACACCUGGCUCGAAGAUUGCUUCAUCCAAUGGCGGAAUCUCACCGUCGGGCGCGAGAAGUACAUCGUCUUUCCUGCUGGAGUUGACUUCAGCGAGCUCCUGGGCGAACGUAGUCUGACCGCCGGCGCGUCUUCCGGUGGUGGCGUGGCAAAUCGAAUCGAGCCGGAAGGCGAGGCUCUGGAGGAGUUGAUAGAGGAAGAGGACGAAGAGGACGUCGACGAGGAGGAAGGCGCGUUGAAGGCGCCAAAUGGGACAGAGGGGAGUGCCAAAGAAGUUGCGAGGGGUCUUGUGGACGUAGAUGGAGAUGGCGAUGCGGCCAUGGCAAAACCCAAAUCGAACGGCCGCACUCCGAUCCUGCCUCCCCCAGGCAUGGACAUCGACUUCGCCCCCCCCUCUACCGCACUAGCAGCUGCUGAGAUGGACUGGGAGCAAUCACAUAUGGAGGACAUGGUCCAGGACUACAACCGACAGAUGUCUCUUCCGGUCGGAGACGAGGAAGAGGAACGUCCGAAGUCCAAGGCGACCCCAAAGUCUAAAGCGAAGGCUACCCCGAACGCGAAGACGAAGGAGUCGCCGAGGAAGCCCACGCACCAACCUCCGAAAACCAUGCCUAAAGUGAAGCCGAAACCGAAGGACGAUGUUAUCGAGCUGGAAGAUUCAUCUGAGGACGAAGAGGUGCCGAAGAAGAGAACGAAGGGCAAGGGAAAGAAGGUGUCGGAGGACGAGGAAAGCGACGAGGAGCCGCCCAAGGCCAAGUCGAAAGCUAAGGGGAAGGGCAAGGCUAUCGAGAGCGAGGAAGAGGAUGCAGACGAGGAGCCGAAGUCGAAACGUACCAAACCUUCGCCGAAGUCAAAAUCGAAGUCCAAGGCCGUCGAACUCUCAGACAACGAGGAAGACGAUGAUGCACCGAAGUCCAAGUUCAAGCCUAAGACUAAGACUAAGACUAAGACUGUCGAGAGUGAGGAGGAGGAGGAGGAAGAGGCGCCGAAGAAGACGAAGGGCAAGGGCAAGGCGAAAGUCGUCGACAGUGAUGACGAGGUUGAAGAGCUCGCUGUCAAGUCUCGCUCCAAGCCAACCCCCAAGUCCAAGUCCAAGGCGAAGGCCGCAGAGAGCGAGGACGAGCCUGCAGUCAAGUCGCGUCCGAAGCCCACGCCGAAGGGCAAGUCCAAGGCGAAGGCUGCUUCUGAGUCAGAGUCAGAGGAGGAAGAGCCUGUCGUCUCCAAGACGCGGUCGAAAGUGACGCCGAAGGGCAAAAUGAAGGCAGCUGAGGACUCUGAUGAAGAGGAGGAUGUGCCAGCGCAGUCCAAGUCGCGUCCGAAACCCUCGCCCAAAUCUAAGUCCAACAAGUUCAUCGACGACGCUGCCUAUGGCGAAGACGACGAGGAGGCAGCACCCAAAGCAAAUUCGAAGUCGAAAACCACCUCAACACCCAAGUCCAAGUCCAAGGCGAAAGCCAAAGCACCAACACCGACAUCCUCCACCUCAGAGACCUCAGAGGACGAGGCCCCUGCUCGCAAGCCUGCCAAAGCUGCUGCGAAGGCGUCUGCAUCCAAAUCUGCUCCAGCGAAGGGUAAAGGGAAGAAGACGCUGCCGUCGUCUAGUUCAGAGCCCGAGUCAGCGGUGAUUAUCCCCGCGAAGCAGACGAAGAAGCUCGUGCGGAGAUUUACGGGCGAGCUCGGAGGGGCAAAGAUGAAGGGUGGUGAUGACGAAGCUGAGGCAGAGGAUGCUAAGGCGAAGGCAAAAGAGGCGGGUGGUAGCGGAAUCCUGAGGACGACACGAGGAGACGCACGCACGAGAGUGAGGAAGAAGAAGCCCGUUGUGGAGGUUGAGAGCGAGGAGGAGGAGGAGGAACCGGUCGUGGAGACGAAGGCCAAGGCUGGAGCCAGGGCUGCCAAUAAGGGCAAAGCUAAGGACGCGAAGGGGAAGAAAUCUGUCGCGGUGUCGUCUGACGAGGAUGAGGAAGAGCCAGCGCCUGAGAAGGCGAAGGUGAAGGGCAAGGCGAAGGCUACCGCGGAGAAACCCAAGAGCAAAGCUAGACCCACAACACUUAGCCGCUCACAGCCGCUCCGGGUCUACUCGACGGACGAGGAGGGCUCUGAUGACGAAGACGAGAGGCCCGCUACGAAGAAGGGCAAGAAAGCUGCGCCGACGGAGGAUGAGGAAGACAGCGACAUCUCUUUCCCUGACGCACCUUGGCAGACCGCUAAAGGUGUUAAGGAGAAGGAGACUGUUGGUUCAUCGUCAAAGGACAAGAAGGCGAAGGGAAAGGGCAAGGCUGCUGUCGACGAAGAGGAAGAGCAAGAGCCUGCUCCUGCGAAGAAAACUUCAACCUCAAGGUCGAAGAAGGCUACGAAGGAGACCGUUGCUGCUGCACCGCCUGCAACAGUCUCGACUCCGAAACGCACUGUCUCUGUCCUCAUGCCCACUCUAUCGAUGUCGGGCAAGGAACGAGAGAAGAGGAAGCGGGAUACCGAGGCGUUCCUCGCCGGCCAGCAGGAGCAGGAAGAGAAGGAGCGGGCUGGCAAGAAGACGAAGGUUGCGUCGAAGCCGAAGUCGAAGGGUGCCGAUCCCAAAGCUACUGCGACAGGAGCGAAAGGCAAGGCUUCGGCCGCGAAAGCGAAGAACAAGACAAAAUCACCUACUGAGCCGGAGUCAGAAGAUGAAGAUGAGGAAGCGGAGGUCAGCAUCCUCGUCAGCCCGAACAUUCGCCCGAAGAAUCUAGCGAAGACAGACAGUCUACAUGCCGUCGCUGGCCACGUCGUUUCCAGUUCAGUGGCCAAGGCAGCGGCGAAGGACAAGGAGAAAGCUAGACCCAAUGGCCGAGCUACAAAGGAGAAGGAGGAGACGAGCAUCUCCGUCUCUCGCAAACCCGCCGCCUCCAAACCCAAGUCCAAGUCGAAAGCCGUUCCUAUCGAAACCGAUACUUCUUCUGCGGGUGCAGGAGCCAGCACUGCCGGGCCUUCUGCCUUCGAGACGGAGUCUGUGGUCUCAACUGGCCCUCCUAAACGCAGUGCUGCCGCGAAGGCGACUCAGAAGCUACACGACAAGCUUAUGCCGGACCUUAUCAACUUCGAGGCCCAGAUGAAGAAGAGCCGUGGUCGGAAGAGUGCUGGCGGCGACACGGGGCUUGGGUCCUUCGCAUUCGAAGGCGAUGGGGAUGUGAAGCAGGAGAAGGACAGUGGGAAGCGGAGGAAGUCGGAUGUGGCGGACGCAGAGGAUGAAGAGAAAGUCAGGAAGAAGAGGAGGGUAUCGGAUGAGAAUGAAGAAGUGGAUAAGGAGAAAACGAAAGGGAAGGGAAAGCAGAAGGCGGGGGUUGAUAAGGACGGCGAUGUGGAAAUGGUCAAUGGAGAUGCUGCGAGACCUUCGAAGACGGCGAAGGGCAAGAAGAAAGAGGAGCCUGAGGAGAAUGCGUCAAGUGGAGUCGUACUCUUGACAACCCAAGUGACACUCGGCGAGGACGUAUCAAAAGCUCUAGGAAAACUAGGGGUGAAGAUUACCUCACGUCCAAGCGAAUGUACGCAUCUCCUCGCCCCUCAUCUCGUGCGCACAGAGAAAUUCCUCUGCGCACUCGCGGUUGCCCCACAUGUCCUAACCGGCCAAUGGGCAAUCGCAAGCGCAGCCGCGAGGCAACUCCUACCGGAGAAAGACUUCCUUCUCAAAGAUAAAGCCGGCGAGAACAAAUACGGCGUCGACCUCUCGCUUUCGCUGAAGCGGGCCAAAGCCAAUGCCGGCAAGCUCCUUGAGGGAAAGACGUUCUAUGUCACUCCACGCGUCCAGAUCGACAAGAAGUUGCUCAAGAGUGUCGUCACCGCUUGUGGUGGCCAGGUGUCUACGAACCAACCAACGGCGCGUGUCCUCGCCCCCAGCCCUGAUAAUCGGAUUGUUAUCUCGUGCAAGGAGGAUAUUUCGAUUUGGCGUCCUAUAAGAUCGGCAGGGUACAAGGUGUACACCCAGGAGCUGGUGCUUGCAGGCGUUAUGAAGCAGGAGAUGGAGUGGGAUAGGGAGGAGUUCCUCGUCGAAGGUUGA